CUUGGCACGGAGCCCUGGACCCCACAGCCCAGCCUUCAGAGGACGCCAUGCACUGGACACUCCUUUUCCUCGCAGCCGGCGCCCUGGCCAUCCCCGCCCCGUCCAUCCUGCUGCUGCCCCCCUACCCGAGCAGCCUGGACGACCCCAUCCACAUCUCCUGCAUGGCACCCCAGCACUUCGUGGGGGCCAACUUCACGCUGUACCAGAGGGAGCGGGUGAUCCAGGUGCUGCGGGCCCCCGCCGACCAGCCGGGGGUCACCUUCAACGUGAGCGGGGGCCCCGAAGACCCUGGGGGUGCCUUCCGCUGCCAGUACGGGGUCAUGGGGGAGGACGAUGAACCCCAGCUGUCCGACCUCAGCCAGCCCGUGCACGUGUCGUUCCCAGUGCCCACCUGGAUCCUGGCACUCUCCCUGAGUCUUACCGGAGCCCUUCUCCUCCUCGCAGCGCUGGUGGCCAUAGCUGUGGCCAUCAGGAAAGUGAAAGUGAAAAACUUGCAGAAGCAAAGGGAGCGAGAAUCCUGCUGGGCCCAGGUGAAUUUCUCCACCACAGACAUGUCGUUCGACAACGCUCUCUUCUCCAUCUCCACGAAAAUGACCUCAGAAGAUCCAGGAGCCAUCUUGGAUGCUCACCCUGACAACUCUGGACCCCGAAAGAGACCUACCUCUACAUCCUCCUCACCAGAGCCCCCCGAAUUCAGCACUUUCCGGGUGUGCCCGUGAGAAUGGGGGGGCAGCUCUUUUCUUCCAGUUGCCCAGGCCAGCCUUCUGGAGCAGGACUUGGGGGGACAAGGGGCCUGCAGCUGCUGCUUACUCAGGAAAUUGAACGGGAGCUAUGAAAGGAGUCCCCUAGCCUCAGGACCUUCCCAAAGAUGGCAGAGAGGAAGCCCCCUAGGCUCGGAGGGUUGGAGGGUGGCAGAAAGCAAGGCCCCCUGGAAUCACAUCAUGAUGCUUCUGCCUCUCCAGCCCUCAGUUUCUCCAUUCCUACUUGCAGGUGGUCAGGUGAUGUGACUCUUCAGGACUGGGUUUUGUGGGCGUUCUGUGUGUCCACCCCGCCAGCAUCUCUAAGUUAUUAAUUACAUCACGUGACACAGUG